AUGACUUGAAAGGCAGCAUCUGGAAUCAAGGCAGCCUUAAGAGAAAGAAAGACAGCCAUUUUGUUGAGAAGAGAGAUGGAAGAAAGCAUAAUGUACGUUUUCCAAAACACAAUGUUAUGAAGAUGAGUAAAUCCAUUCAGUUUGGAAAGCACUUCAAAUAUAGAUCACAGCUUUUUGGGAACCGAAGAAUACAAAGAGGAGAAAAACCUUUUGAAUGCUCAGAGUGUGGAAAGAAAUUCACUCAGAAUGGCAGUCUUCAAGUGCACAAAAGAAUCCACACAGGGGAGAAACCAUUUGAAUGCUCACAGUGUGGGAAGAAAUUCAGUUAUAGUAACAGUCUUCAAUAUCAUAAAAGAACCCACACAGGGGAGAAACCUUUUCAGUGUUCAGAGUGUGGAAAGAGAUUGACUCAUAGUAGCAGUCUUAAAGUGCAUAAAAGAACCCACACAGGGGAGAAAACUUUUGAAUGCUCAGAAUGUGGAAAGAGAUUUGGUCGGAGUGGCCAUCUUAAAAACCAUAAAAGAACCCAUACAGGGGAGAAACCUUUUGAAUGCUCAGAGUGUGGGAAGAGAUUCAGUCAACGCUACAGUCUCCAAAAGCAUAAAAAAACCCACACAGGGGACAAAAUUUUUGAACAUUCAGAGAGUGAAAUGAGAUUCAGUCAGAGUAGCCAUCUUCAAAAUCAUAAAAGAACUUACACAAGGGAGAAACUGUUUGAAUGCUCAGAGUGUGGGAAGAGAUUCAGUACACAUAGGAAUCUUAAAGUGCAUCAAAGAAACCACACAGGGGACAAACCUUUUGAAUGCUCAGAGUGCAGGAAGAGAUUCAGUACACGUAGCCAUCUUCAGUAUCAUCAAAGAACCCACACAGGGGACAAACCUUUUGAAUGCUCAGAAUGUGGAAAGAGAUUCAAUAUUAAUUCCAGUCUUCAAAGGCAUCAAAGAAGCCACACCGGGGAGAAACCUUUUGAAUGCUCAGAGUGUGGAAAGAGAUAUACUACAAGCCGCUAUCUAAAAUAUCAUCAAAGAACCCACACAGGAGAGAAACUGUUUCAGUUCUCAGAGUGUGGAAAAAAAUUCAGCAUGAGUAGCUAUCUUCAAUAUCAUCAAAGAACCAACACAGGGGAGAAACCCUUUGAAUGUUUAGAGUGUGGGAAGAGAUUCAGUCGAAGUGGCAGUCUUCAAAAGCAUAAAGGAACUCAUUCAGGGGAGAAACCUUUUGAGUGCUCAGAGUGUGGAAAGAGAUUUAGUCAGAGUAGCUAUCUCCAAGACCACAGAAGAACCCACACCGGAGAGAAGCCCUUUGAAUGCUCAGAGUGUGGGAAAAAAUUCAGCCAUAGUCACGGUCUUCGAUAUCAUAAAAGAACCCAUACAGGGGAGAAACCUUUUGAAUGCUCAGAGUGUGGGAAGAGAUUCAUUCACAGUGGCAUUCUUCGGAAGCAUAAAAGAACUCACACAGGGGAGAAACCGUUUGAAUGCUCAGAGUGUGGAAAGAGAUUUGGUCAAAGUUGCCAUCUUCAAGACCAUAAAAGAACCCAUACAGGGGAGAAACCGUUUGAAUGCUUAGAGUGUGGAAAGAGAUUCAGACAGAGUAGUAAUCUUCGAGUGCAUGAAAGAACCCAUAAGGGGAGAAAUGUUUUGAAUGCUCAGAGUGUGGGAAGAGAUGCAGUCACAGUGGCAGUAUUCAAAAGCACCAAAAAACCCACACAGAAGACAAACCUUAUGAAUUCUCAGAGUGUGGGGAAAGAUUAA